AGCGUUCCUUUUGGAUGGAUAGUCAGUCAUUCAAAUCAAACUAGGCCAUUUUACUCAAUCUACACAUAAACAUUGACUGUACAACAUGCUCAAGCCUUCGCUGUGACUCGAAACACUCAAAAACUCGGAUUUGCAUAAGUCUUCCUGCAAAGGCGUUAAGUUUUACCCGACGAACAAAUAAAAUAAGGGAGUGCCGAUGUCAUUCGUAAGGGGCAGUGCGUUUGUGUGUCGAUGUUUAUAUAGUUGCCGCCUUUGACCACUAUCCUGCUGCACAACGUCACCACGAGGACUUUCGUCCACUGUGAUAUGUUUUGGCAGGACGGUAUAUUUAAAUAUAUAAAAAUUAGCUUCCGCAGUAUAAGCAGGAGAAUGUUGUUCAGCGGACAAAAUGAAUGGUUAUACUUUUAGCCAUAUGCUGUCGUGUUGAUGCACAAGUGUAGUGUAACAUUAAACGUGCGCGGCUGAAAAGGAACGAAGCGUAACUAUUUAUCAAGCUUCGAGAUUUUAUAAAUAGGUGGUCUCGUAAUGUCCGAUCUGGGAAGUGGAGAUGAUGGCAUCUCAGGAUCAAAAUAUAAUGUUGCAAAUAUGGAGGGUUCCUCAAGUAGGAACGACUUCGAUUCUUCUGCAAAAGGAGGAAGCGGCGUCGAACAGGAAUUGGCUACGAAAAUGUUGCAAAUACAAUCUAAACGAUUUUAUUUGGAUGUAAAACAAAAUAGAAGAGGCCGUUUUAUAAAGGUUGCAGAGAUUGGCGCUGAUGGUAGACGUAGUCAAAUUUACUUGGCUCUUUCAACUGCAGCCGAAUUUCGUGAUCAUUUGUCCUCAUUUAGCGAUUACUAUGCUUCUCUAGGUCCACCAAACACCGACAAUUUACCGGAAGAUGGUAAACUUAAAUCUGAAAUGAUGAUAAAAGAUUACAGAAGGUAUUACUUGGACUUAAAGGAAAAUGCGCGUGGCCGAUUUUUACGGGUAUCGCAAACGAUAACCAGAGGGGGGCCUAGAUCCCAAAUCGCUUUACCGGCUCAAGGAAUGAUCGAGUUUCGUGACGCUCUUACAGAUUUGUUAGAAGAGUUUGGAGCUAAUGAUGGAGGCAGGUUUAAAGGAGAUUUACCGGAAGAGCGACACAUGAAGGUGGAUAAUAAAAAUUUUUAUUUUGAUAUCGGGCAAAAUAAUCGAGGAGUGUACAUGCGGAUAAGCGAAGUGAAAAAUAACUUCCGGACUUCGAUAACUAUUCCGGAGAAAUGUUGGAUUCGCUUUCGAGAUAUUUUUAAUGAUUAUUGCGAGAAAAUGAAAAAAUCGUCCGACUCAAUUACUGCCGAAAUUAACUUACCUACAUCUUCAAAUAGUCUUAAAUAAACAACAUACCGUGAUUUACUAAGUCAUAUAAGAAGGCGCGAAAAAUAAAAUUUUUAAUGGCGAUUGACCAACCAAUAUGUAAAGCUUGUAAUGUUUGACAUGGCUAAAUUCAAAAUCAUACUAAUUAACCUUAAUGACACGCAAAUAUAUUUAUUUCUAGCAUUUAGCCAAAUAUGUUUUAGUAUUCUAUAUUUCUAAUUUCUAUUUUGUAAUAAAAAAACAUAAAUUAGUUAGAGUUACUUUAGAGAAAAUUAAAUCCUAAAAUCAUUUUGAAUUCUAAAUGUCCUCUUUUGGCUGACUGUUUAGCUUGUACUUAGUGCAAGAAAAUUUAAUUUAUUCUUUGACUUGUUUGAUUUGUCUUACAAGUGAAAAUAGAAAGCCGUGUUCCUGUAUUGACUGUUUUAAUUGUUUUCGGAACUCACAAAAUAUUCAUAUCAAUCGAUUAAUCUGUUUGACACAACGUUAAUUAACCUGAAAUUAACAACAAAAUUAAUUUCCUAACAAAAAUAAUGAAUCUCUAUGGUUCAAUACGUUACGUUACGUUAGCGGAGAUCUACUAAUAAUGAAGAGUUAACGAUAACAAUCUAUGUUUUGCAAGUUUCGAAUAAUAAUAAUCACUUUCGGUUGAAUAUUAUUUAAUAUUAUUUUAAGUAGUGCCAUUUCUGUUGUAAAUUUAAAUAUAUAUAGAAAUUUCGAUUUGAAAUUGAUAAUUUGUGUCACUAAAGUCAUAAUUCUCAUUAAAUGUAUUCCUAAAGUUUAUGGGUUAUGCCAUAAUUAAUUAAUGUUAAUGUAAUUUGAAAUAUCUUUGACAAGUUUAAAAAAUUGUUAAAGAUUCUAGAAAUAAUAUGUUAUAUAUAUAAUAAUACAAAUUAAAGUAACUCCUAAACUCGUUUUUAAAACAAAAGUUUCAUGUGAUCACGUAGAAUAAAAACUUACUAAGUACGAUGAACAUGCAUAGCAAAAUAACAACAUAAAUCGGAAGCGCAACACAAGCACAUACCGGAUAAAUUUCCAUUAAGGAAUAUCGUGUACAAAUUGGGUAUGCUAAGUAAUAAAUUAGCUGUACUAAUUAUUUAGUAUUGAAAUUUAUCAGGAUUUUGGGUUCACUAAAGAGAGAAAAAAAAAUGUAUUCGCAAAUAAAUUUAUGAUUUUAUUCAUUUAAUCGAAAGCCAGUUCAUUAGAUGAAAUAAAAAUAUAAUUUAAUUUACUAUAAUUCUAUUUAAACUAAAGCAUCCGAAAUUCCUACAAAUUUCCAUACUAGAGUCGAUAUUAAUCAGACUAUAAACACAAAAUCUUUAUAAUUAUCGUGCAAAUGUAAGCAGCAAGAUGUUACAGAGAUUCAACAUAAUAUGUAGUUAACUUAAAUGUUGUUUGCAAAAAUACAAGUAUUGUAAGAGUUUUGUGAAUAUAACAUGGAAAUAAAGUUGAAUUUUAACAAA